GGCAGGGCUGGUGUUGUCGAGCUGUCAAAGGAGCCGAACUGUCAACCACACAGCUAUUGUCGGAUUCAUUUCGAGCGUCUCCGGUGCGAUGGAGCCGUCGUUGGGGGGGUCGCUCGCCCCGUGACAUGUGCACCACGUCGACAAUCUCCCACUUUGCGUCUCUCCUCCUCGCCGAACUCAUCCCGCCGCCGCCGCCAUGGCCUCCAGUUAUCCCCCCCCCUUCGAGGGCGCCGGGGAAGUGAAGGAGGGCUUCCUGUGCCCGCUGUGCCUGAAGGACCUUCAGUCGUUCUACCAGCUCCAGGACCACUACGAGGAGGAGCACUCCGGGGACGACCGGCACGUGAGGGGGCAACUCAAAAUUUUGGUUCAGAAGGCAAAGAAAGCGAAAGACAAGCUGCUGAAAAGAGACGGAGACGACCGCCUGGACACGAGCAGCUACGAGUCCUUUUACUAUGGGGGGGUGGACCCCUACAUGUGGGAGCCCCAGGAACUGGGAGCAACCAGGAGCCACCUGGACAUCUUCAAGAAACACCGUGCCGCUCGGAUCGAUCACUACGUCAUCGAGGUCAACAAGCUCAUCAUUAGACUGGGAAAGCUGACGUCGUUCGACAGAAUCAACUCCGACGCCGCCAAAAUCCGAGCCGUCGAGAAGUCGGUGGUGUCGUGGGUGAACGACUCGGACGUCCCGUUCUGUCCCGACUGCGGGAACAAGUUCAACCUCCGGAACAGGCGGCACCACUGUCGCCUCUGCGGGUCCAUCAUGUGCAGGAAGUGCAUGGACUUUGUCCCCUUACCUCUGGCUCAAAAGCUGAUUAACGGGACGCUGGAGGCCCUGUGUAUCCCCGGAAGCCCGGUCCAGUCGCAGUGCCCCCCAGCUGGAGGCGGCGGGGGGGGGAGGGGCUCCAGGAGAGGCAGCAUCAGCAGCCUGAGCAGCGUCACGUCGAUGCUGGAGGAGAAGGACGACGAGAAGAUCCGCUGCUGCCGCCACUGCAUGGACACGCUGCUGAAGAGGCAGCAGAAGCUGGAGGAGAAGGACCACACGCCGGACGUGGUGAAGCUUUACGAGCGGCUGAGGAUGUGCAUGGGGAAGGUGGAUGAAAAGGCUCCGGAAUACAUCAGGAUGGCCGAUUCGUUGAAUGCCGGAGAAACCACGUACAACCUGGACACCGCCGGCGGCCUGAGGCUGGAGGUGAUGAAAUACUACGAGCUGAUCGACGCCCUGAGUAAGAAGAUUUUAACGCUGAGAGCCAAAGACGAUCCUCCGCCGCAUCCCAAGGCCGUCCAGCUGCAGAAGAUGAUCCGCUACACCGCCACGCUGUUCAUCCAGGAGAAACUGUUAGGUCUCAUGUCUUUGCCCACGAAGGAUAAAUACGAAAAGCUGAAGGAGAAGAGGAGACAGGACCAGGAGAAGAGACUCCAACAGGAGAGGCUGGUUUCCCAGGAGUCGCUGAAGAAGAGGCAGGAGGCCGGGAGAAACCGGCCGGCUGCUCCCGGCGCCGACGGAGAGCCGCCGCCGCGCGCGACCAAAGCCGGCGGGUGGUUGCCGUCGGCGGACGGCGUCCACGCGCGCAGCGAGCUGGACGACCCGCUGCUGCAGCAGAUCGAAAACAUCCGCUCGUUUCUCCGUCAGGCGCGGGCGGCCAGGAGGAUGGACGAGGUGGCCAUGCUGGAGGAGAACCUGCGCCAGCUGCAGGACGAGUUCGACCAGCAGCAGACCGGCCUGGCCAUCGCGCUCUCCCAGAGGCUGGCCGCGGAGGAGAGCCUGCAGCGGGGGGAGCUCGACCGCCUGGAGGCCCGAGAGAGGGAGGGGAGGGAGGGGAGGGAGAGGGGGAGGGGCGCCGCUCAGCCGCCCAUUGCCUGGGUGAGGCCUCUGGGCGGCUCCGGCGACGAGGAGGACGCCGACGGCGGGGACCUGACUCCGAAAGCCGAGAGGAGUCCGUCCUCCGCCGGGGCGUCGCUCCCGGCUCUCGCCGGCCGGGAGGAGUCGCCUCCCAGGUUGCGGCGCUUAGGGGGCCACGUGACUCCCCCCGGUGGCGAGGGACAGAACCGCGCCUCCCUCAACCCAUUCGACGAAGAGGGCGCCACCCCCACCGAGGAGGACCCGUCCAAUCCCUUCUUCGAGGACAUGAAGAGGGAGCACGAAGAGGGCGCCGGCGAGAGGAAAGCGUACAACCCCUUCGACGAAGAGGACGAGCGGGCCGAGGCGUCCGGAAACCCGUUUGCGGACGGCGCCGCCGACGCGGGUAACCCGUUCCUGGAAGCCCGCGGGAGCUCCGCGGGAGUCUCGACCAACCCCUUCGACGGCGGGGACGACGACGCGGCGGAGGAGGAGGAGGAGGAGGAGGAGGAGCCGCCCGACGUGGACGUGAUCGAGGAGGAGCUGCUGCUGCAGCAGAUCGGCAACAUCAGGGCCUACGUCUUCGACGCCAAGCUCAGCGGCCGCCUCGACGAGGUGGAGCUGCUGUCGGCGAACCUCCGAGAGCUCCAGCACGCGCUGCGAGAGCAGAAGAAGAAGACGCACUGACCCCGCCCACUAAACCCCUCCCCCACCCGCUCCUAUUACCUGCCGCUUACCGAGUCCCGCCAGGCGAACUCGCUCCACGCGACCGAUGAGCCCACCGGUUUGACUGGGCGAGGUCGGCUGCGCCACUAACAAAAAAGAUUUGGUGAGUCCCGAAAUUAAACGUGUACUAAAGCUCA